GUUGUUAAGAAAUUAUCUAAUUUAAAUGAAAAUUAUUCCAAGUAAAAAAUCAAGAAUGUGUCAAAGUAAACGUUUAAUAAAAUUUUGUGAUGUUAUAAUUAUAAAAAAUUUGGUAUACGUUACUUUUAUAAUAUUCAUGAUAACAAUGUGUUUCUUUUUGAACAUGAUGAUUAAGGAAAGUGAAGAAGUUUUAGAAGAUCGUGUAAUGAGAUUGCCAACUGACUUGAAAUAUAUUUUAUUCUGGAGGAAAGACACAGAUUUAGUGAACGAUAUUUAUCAAAAAUACCGAUACAAAUUACUGGAAGGACAAAGUUUAUUUAUCAAUCAAAAAUGCAAAUAUAUAAAUUGUUUUAUAACGUACGAUAAGAAUUUACUACGGCACAACCCUAGAAAUUUUGAUGCGGUCGUUUUUAAUGUUAAAGAAAUAGACAAUGUCAAACAAAAAUAUCUAAAACUACCAAGAUCUCCAGAUCAAUUGUAUAUAUUUAAUUCAAUGGAUUCAUCAGAAUUAUUCCCUGUAUGUUUACCUGUAUAUGACAAUUUCUUCAACUUAACAUGGACUUAUAGAUUAGAUUCAAAUAUACCGAAUCCAUUUUUUGACAUUUACGAUUCGAAUAAAUCAUUAAUUGGUCCGAAAACUGAAAUAGACUGGCUUAUUAAUAUGAAACAUACUGAUCAAUAUAAAAAUAUUACACGCAAAAAGACGAAAGCAGUUGCAUGGGUUGUAAAUAAAUGUAGAUCUAUAACAAAGCAUAAUCAACUAAUAAUGGACCUUGUAGAAGAGCUGGGUGGUUACAAUCUCACUGUCGACAUAUUUGGACAUUGCGGUGCAACGAAAUGUCCAAACAACGAUACUUUGAACUGUUAUAAAAUAAUUGAAAGAGAUUAUUAUUUUAACCUGGUAUUAGAAGAUUCCGUAGCAAUAGAUCAUAUUACUGAAAGAAUGGCGCUUGCAAUGAUGCAUUAUUCUAUACCUCUUGUUAAAGGUGGAAAGGAAUACGAAAGAUAUUUACCUCCUGGUUCUUACAUCAAUAUUAAUAAUCAGACUCUGAAAGAGUUGGGUGCUAUUAUAGACUAUCUUAUCAGGAAUCCUGAUAUUUAUGAAUAUUUCUUUGAUUGGAAACAAUAUUAUUCUUAUAAGGUCAGACCUAAAGAUUACGUUUGUGAUUUAUGUGAGUUUCUCAAUAGAAAUAAUGAUAGACGAAUGAUUCAAGGUUUUAGAGAAUGGUGGAAUCCUUUUUACUUUGUUGAAUGUCAUCAAAAGAAAAUGUUUGAUAUGUUUAAUAUAAAUUAUGACUAGAAGUAUUGAAAAUUAGUAUUUUGAAUCAGUUU